CGAUUCCGCGCGAACGAAGGGAAUGACAGACGGAUCUAGGUAAGAACGAAGAAAGGUGCGUUCAGUUUCGGUGAAUUAAGGGUGGAUUUAUUGCGGAAAAAUUUGGAGAGAUCGUGGAGAAAGAGCGGUGGAUACACCCAGAAUUGAAUCUCGCAAAUAAUGGCGAGCCACGAUGAGUUGGUCUCGCAAUUCGCGGACGUAACUGGCGUCGAAACCGAGAGAGCGCUAUUUUACCUCGAGUCAUCCGCCUGGCAGCUCGAGGUUGCCCUUGCUAGUUUCUACGAGAAUGACGAAUUACCUGGAUUAGCGACUGAUAAUAUUGAUGAUAUGCAACAAGAGAGAGAAUUGCAAAAUAGAACAGACACAAUGUCAAACAAAAAUGUAAAAUCUGAUUCAACGGAAUCAAAGGGCGCUAAACCAAAAUCUAGAUUUGGAACAUUAAACGAUCUUCAAAACAAAGAUAGUAGUUCUGAGGAGGAGGAGGGACAAGCAUUUUAUGCUGGAGGUUCUGAACACAGUGGACAGCAAGUUUUAGGACCAGGAAAGAAAAAGAAAGAUAUUAUUAGCGACAUGUUCAAAUCCUGUCAGGAACAGUCGAUUGCUGCAGAUCCCCCAAAAAUGGGAGGUCAACAAAGGCCAAAUACAUUUAGUGGCACAGGAUAUAAAUUAGGUCAAACUAGUUCCGAUAGCGAAGUGGUAAUGGGAGCAAGCGCAAAUCAACAAUCUUCAAACGGUCUUAUUACAUUGAAAUUAUGGAAGGAUGGAUUUACAAUAAAUGAUAGCGAGAUUCGAUCGUAUGAUGAACCUGAUAACAAAGAAUUUCUAGCUGCCAUUAAACGAGGUGAAAUCCCGGCGGAGAUUCGCCAACAAGUGCAAGGAGCGGAAAUACGACUCGAUAUGGAAGAUCAUCGUCAUGAGGUCUAUGUUCCAUCAAAAUCUAAGGUGAAAGCUUUCUCUGGAAAGGGACACAUGUUAGGAAGUCCAUCACCAGCUACUGUAGGUAUGACAGUUCCGACAGAUCCUGCUGAUCAAGCUGCUAAUGAAGCGCAAGCGAGAAAAGAAUUGAAUUUAGAUACUUCAAAGCCAACGACAACGUUACAAAUUCGUCUUGCGGACGGCAGUACUGUGAAGGCUCAAUUUAAUUUGUCGCAUACAGUUGCCGAUCUUAGACGAUAUAUAAUAACGAUGAGACCUCAAUAUGCUCUAAGGGAUUUUGGCUUAUUAACCAUUUAUCCAACGAAAGAGCUUGCAGAGGAUAAAACAAUUGAAGAGGCUGGUUUGCAAAAUUCGGCUAUAAUGCAACGACUGAAGUAAAUCUUUUUUAAAUUUCCAGAUUGAAAGAUGUAUAACACAAUUAGAUAUAUACCAAAUAUAUGUUAAAUUGCUUAAAAAUAAAUUUAUAUGAAUUUUUAUUAGAAAUAUAGUACCUCUUUUUCGCUAUA